CACGAUGAAGGGGCGGGACAAAUACCACUGACGUCACAUGCGUGGGCGUGGUCUAAGAGAGGAGAUGGACGCUGUACUCCCUCAGUCCUCACUGCCAGACACACGCAGAUCCACCGGCCCCCGACACACAUUCAGAAUGUCCGACGAACAGCCGACGACCUCUAUCCCCGCUGAGGGUGAUGCUCCUGCCUGCCCAGAGACCAACACUGCCCUUCAACAGUGCAUAACUGAGAACGGGGAGACGAACUGCGCAGCGCUACUGGAGGCCCACCAGGAGUGUCUAAAGAAAUUGGGCAUGCAGGUGUGACAACUGGUGACCGAGUGAGGCCGAGUCAGACCGCGCUGCAGCCAACGCCAAGCCGUUCUGGUUCUCACUCCAGUGAUGUCUCGUCAUUUGCACCCUCAGAACGCGGUAAUUGGAAUAUAAAAAAAGACGGCUGGUGAGGAGCGGUUGUGUUUGUACAGUUAAUGUAGCAGACUUGGGGAAAACCCCUUUUUUUUUAAUAAAUAAAUCAAACUAC